CACGCCGCCGGGAGCGGGGGCCUCUGGGUGCGGCUGCCGCGGGGGCUCCUGGGCCUCGGCGCCCUCGCUUCUCGAACCCGGGGCCGCCCGGCGCCUGGCCUGCGCCCGGGAGCUGCGCGACUUCCCCGGGCUGUGGGGCCGGCACGCGGGUCCCAGCAUGCCUUCUGAGACCCCACAGCUGGAGAAGGGCUCCGGGGGGUGCCCCCACCUCUCUGGGGGACAGCCCGGCCCGGGGAGCCCGAGCAGUGAGGAGCCCGUGUGGGUCCGGCCCGACACCCCCAGCCGCUGCACCUGGAAGCUGGGCCGGCCCGCCUCAGACUCUCCGCACCGCCACGUGGCCUUGGAGAGCAGCCCCAAGAUCCUGCCCAACAUCCUCGGGAAGAUCGGGGACACGCCCAUGGUGCACAUCAACCGGGUCGGCAAGGAGCAGGGCCUCAAGUGCCAGCUGCUGGCCAAGUGCGAGUACUUCAACGCGGGCGGCAGCGUGAAGGACCGGAUCGGGCUGCGCAUGGUGGAGGACGCGGAGCGGGCGGGCGCCCUCAGGCCGGGGGACACCAUCAUAGAGCCCACGUCGGGAAACACAGGGAUCGGGCUGGCGCUGGCCGCGGCCGUCAAGGGCUACCGCUGCAUCAUCGUCAUGCCGGAGAAGAUGAGCCUGGAGAAGGUGGACGUCCUGCGGGCCCUGGGCGCCGAGAUCGUGCGGACGCCCACCAACGCCAGGUUCGACUCCCCGGAGUCGCACGUGGGGGUCGCGUGGAGGCUGAAGAACGAGAUCCCCAACUCCCACAUCCUGGACCAGUACCGCAACGCCAGCAACCCCCUGGCCCACUACGACCAGACGGCUGAGGAGAUCCUGCAGCAGUGUGACGGGAAGGUGGACAUGCUGGUGGCCUCGGCGGGCACGGGCGGCACCAUCACGGGCCUGGCCAGGAAGCUGAAGGAGCGGUGCCCGGGCUGCCAGAUCAUUGGGGUGGACCCCGAGGGCUCCAUCCUGGCCGAGCCAGAGGAGUUGAACCAGACGCAGAAGACGUUCUACGAGGUGGAGGGCAUCGGCUAUGACUUCAUUCCCACCGUGCUGGACCGCAAGGUGGUGGACAGAUGGAUCAAGAGCAAUGACGAGGAGUCCUUCUACUUCGCCCGCAUGCUCAUCGCCAAGGAGGGGCUGCUGUGCGGGGGCAGCUCAGGCAGCGUGGUGGCCGCGGCCGUGAAGGCCGCCCGGGAGCUGAGGGAGGACCAGCGCUGUGUGGUCAUCCUGCCCGACUCCGUGCGCAACUACAUGACCAAGUUCCUGAGUGACCGCUGGAUGCUGCAGAAGGGCUUCAUGAAGGAGGAGGACGUCUCUGGGAAGAAGCCCUGGUGGUGGCACGUGAGGGUCCAGGAGCUGAGCCUGGCCGCCCCGCUGACCGUGCUGCCGUCCGUCACCUGCGAGCACACCAUCGAGAUCCUGCGUGAGAAGGGCUUCGACCAGGCGCCCGUGGUGGACGGGGCGGGGGUCAUCCUGGGCAUGGUGACACUGGGGAACAUGCUGUCCUCGCUGCUGGCCGGGAAGGUGCGGCCGGCCGACCAGGUCCACAAGGUCAUCUACCGGCAGUUCCGGCAGGUCCCCCUGUCGGCCCCGCUGGGCGAGCUGUCCCGCAUCCUGGAGGUGGACCACUUCGCGCUGGUGGUGCAGGAGCAGAUAGAGUACCAGAGCAAUGCCGUGUCCAGCAAGAGACAGAUGGUCUUUGGGGUGGUGACCGCCAUCGACCUCCUCAACUUCGUGGCGGCCCGGGAGCGUGAGCAGAAGACCAAGUCGGGGAGCGCCUAGGGCCCCCCAGCCUCGGGCCGUGUCGGGGCGCCUGCUGGGCUGACCGUCGCCUGUCGGCCAGUGUCCUGCUUUCCCUUCCGACUUCUCCACUCCGAAUCCCAGGCGGAGGGACUUGGUUUCUCCAGCACCCAUCACCAGAAGGCUGUGAGUUUGAUCCCUCUUGAGAAAUAAGUGAGACCGCAUCUUAGAAGCAUCGCUACAUGGGGACUCUGCCAGCCUCUCCCGGUGCAGCAGCUGGACGCCACGGCGGCUUGAGUCCUGGGGUUGAGGUGACCGCGGGAUCGUGAGUCAGUGCCGGCAGGAAGGCCCUGCUGCCCGUGCUUCACAUAAAGGGACCCAGACCA